AUGGCCUUUCAGGAACUUCUGAAUCUAGUUGGAAGUCAUGGGAGAUUCCAGAUCCUUCAGAUGGCCUUUCUAAUUAUCUGCAAUGUCAUGGUGGCACCUCAUUUAAUAUUGGAAAACUUCACCUCAGCUAACCUUGGUCAUCGCUGCUGGGUUCACAUUCUUGACAAUGACACUGACUCUAACAAUAACAGUGGACUCCUGAGUCAAGACGAACUCUUGAGGAUCUCCAUUCCGCUGGACUCCAACCUGAGGCCAGAGAAGUGUCGUCGCUUUGUUCAACCACAAUGGCAUCUUCUACAUUUUAAUAGAUCCUUUUCCAAUAAGACAGAACCAGAUACGGAGCCCUGUAUGGAUGGCUGGGUAUAUGACCAAAGGAAUUUUCUCUCCACCACUGUUACUGAGUGGGACCUGGUUUGUGGAUCUCAGGAACUGAUUUCGGUGGCUAAAUCUAUAUUCUUGAGUGGCGUGUUGACAGGAAAUUUCUUAGGGGGACACUUAUCAGACAAGUGAGUAUUUGUACAAGUAUUACCUAUUACGGGCUUCUACAUCAACCUCCAACACCUGAGAAGCAAUGUCUUCUUAAUACAAGGUCUUAUUUCAGCAGUGUCGAUCCCAGUCACUGUUCUUGGAAUGUUUUUACUAAAUCGUGUUGGCCGUAGAAAAAGUCAACUAUUUCCAUGUUUCCUGUUUGGAAUCUUCAUUCUGAGCAUGGUGUCUGUGCCUCAAGAAAUGCAGACCCUGGUUGUGGUUUUGAUAACACUGGCAGGAGCAAAUUCUGCUAUAAUUCUUAACAGUAGUUCUCUACAUUCGAAUGAGCUGAUCCCCACAGUGGUAAGGGCAACAGCAUUAGGAGUCAUUGGAAUUGCUACUGGUUUGGGGUCAUCCCUGUCUCCCCUUAUUAUGAUCCUGAUGCUGUAUUCUGACUCCUUGCCCUGGAUCAUCUAUGGAAUCCUCUCCAUCCUCGGUGGACUUCUUUCUUUUCUCCUUCCUGAAACCAAGAAUCAGUCUCUGCCUGACUCCAUCAAAGAUGUGGAAAAUGGGAGGAAAAGUUCAAGACGAGAAGGGGAGGAAGAUUUCAUCAUUAAAGUGACUCAGUUUUAA